UGCCCGCGCCUUGGCGCUUCUGGGAGAACAUGGCGGUACCGGUAAGGCAGUGUGGACUGUGCAGAGCGGGUAAUCAUGGGGUUACACUACUCACUGCUUUAUGUGCGCAGUUCUCCCGGUUGGCUGGAAGUGCCGCUGUCUCGCCGAGGUGGCCGAGUCUUUCAGCGACUGCCCAAAGCUUGUCGACCUGUCAGGUUAUAUCACGGAAAACACAGAUGACUCCAGAUUCACUUUUCUUCAGGAAGCCUUACUUUUAUUACAGAUCGUUACUCACUACACCAAAUGCAUGCUGCUACAAUAAAGUACAUGAUGAAAAACAAAAGCCAGAUCCGUUUAAACUGGCCCAGAAGGAUCUCAAGGAUCUUUACGAGGAUAUCAAAAAAGAGCUUUUUGUGUCAAAAGCUGAGCUUAAAUGCUUAUGUGACUACUAUUUCGAUGGAAAAGGAAAAGCUUUGCGACCAAUGAUUGUGGUGCUAAUGGCCCGAGCCUGCAAUUUUCACAGCAACAAAACAAGAGAGCUGCUACCAGGCCAGCGAUCAAUAGCUAUGAUCUCUGAAAUGAUCCACACUGCCAGCCUUGUUCAUGAUGAUGUGAUUGAUGGCUCCAGUACUCGCAGAGGGAAGACAACUGUGAACGAAAUCUGGGGAGAAAGAAAGGCAAUCCUUGCUGGCGAUUUCAUCCUGUCUGUGGCUUCGAUGGCGUUGGCUCGAAUCGGUAACAACUCGGUGGUAUCCGUCUUAUCUCAGGUCAUUGAAGAUUUAGUACGGGGUGAAUUUAUGCAGUUGGGAUCCAAAGAAAACGAGAAUGAGCGAUUUAAACACUACCUCGAAAAAACAUUUAAGAAGACCGCAAGUCUGAUAGCAAACAGUUGUAAAGCAGUCUCGAUACUUGUAAAUUCGGAUCCUGAAAUUCAUGAGAUUGCGUUUCAGUAUGGAAGAAAUGUUGGGAUUGCAUUCCAGCUUGUAGAUGACAUGUUGGACUUUACGUCUUCUGCUAACCAGUUGGGAAAACCUUCAGCAGCGGACCUUCGUCUCGGUUUAGCCACUGGGCCGGUGCUAUUCGCGUGUCAGCAGUUUCCAGAGUUGCAUGCAAUGAUAAUGAGGCGCUUCAGUUCGGCUGGAGAUGUGGAGCGUGCUUGGCAGUACGUGAUGCAGAGUGACGGAGUCCAGCAGACGAGCUACCUUGCCCAGCACUAUUGCCAAGAAGCCAUACGGCAGAUCAGCCAACUAUGCCCUUCCCCGGAGAGAGACGCUCUUGUACAGCUAACAGAGACCAUCCUAACACGGAACAAGUGACGUCCGCACAGACUCUCCUGUUAAAGGCAGCUAUACAGUACCUUGGUGGAGCGAGCGUUCAGUGGAGGAAAUGUCUAAUAUAAGUAUCGAUUAUGGAACGUGUGCUUGAACGGAAAAUCCACUCUGCUGGCUGAAUCAUGUAGCCUCUCGCGUUGUCCAGCCCGCUCAAAGUCAGCUGGACUGUUUACAUUAUUUAAGAGCCGUCCUCGCUGCUGGAUAUUUUUGUAAUUUCAGUAGGCCUCGUACUUUUCUAUAAAAAUGUGGACGGUGGAUCCAGGA